CGAGUCUAUGCAAGAUGGCGGUGAAAACAUAGAGAUGGCGAGGGCACGGUUUCCUGGUAAAUCAUCACAACAAAAUGGAUCCAGGAAACGCUUAUGGCUGCCUGAAGAUCAAUUUGAAGAGUGCUCGUACGUGACAAGAAAUGAAGCGUCCGUUGCCAUUCGGUCUACGAAGAAUUUCGACGUUUUGUUUUCGGGCUCCUCCAAGAACCCGGAGAGCCUCCGACGGCUGUCGUCAUGUCUCGGAGAGUCAGUAUAUGCCGUGUCAAAACGCCUGAGGGCUUUCAGCGCGCCUCCGUGCGAGCCGCAGGGGAAUGACUCCGGCGGCAGAAGCAGCAGCAGCAGCGGCGGCGGCGCCAGCGCCCGGUCCUCCCCAGCAGCUGGCUCGGGCCGCGCCGCGCGCCGCAACGGGCGCACCCCGUCGGCAGAGCCGGCCGCCGCCGCGCCGGCACUCGAGUCUUUCAGUGGUGGCCGCGGAAGGACGCGGGCAGACUCCGCGCGAGUCGGCGCGCAGUCGCCCGCUGCCGAGGAGGCCGGCCGGCGCGGGCGCUCCCGCUCCCAGAGCCAGUCGGGCAGCCCUGCCCACCGGGCGGCCGGCGCGGCGGCCGCCGAGCCGGGUCCCGUGCGGACACGGCGCGCAGCGGCGGCCGCCGAGACGCCGCCACCAGUCGGCGGGCCGCCGGAGACGGCCGGCCGGAGCACACGCUCCACCAGCCAGCCGACCAGCGCCGCCGGUCCGGCGCCCACCGCGGCCGCCGGCCCCGGCCCCGGCUUAGUGGUGACCCGCUCCUCACGGGUGGUCCGACCUGCCCGGCGCUUCCUCGACGAGAGCUCGUCGUCCAGUAGCGCCUCGCCGGCGCCGCCUCCGCCUCCGCCGGUGGGCGAGGCCUCCUCCCGGCCGUCGCGGCCGGCGCGCGCGCUCUCGCCGUCUUCCGACGUCGAGCUGGACGAGGGCGUCAUCAAAACGGUGGUGGAGUACGCGGACAGCAUGGCAGCGGCGCCGGGCCGGGCGGCGGCGGCUCCGGCGGCGGUCGAGCCGGCUCCGGUGUCGCAGCCGGCGCAGGCGGACAUCGAGGCGAUGCUGCGCUCCCAGUGGGACGGCCGGCUGAAGGUGCGCGGCCGAGAGGAGGAGGCGGCCGCCGUGCCGGGCCGCCACCUGCUGCGGCAGCCGCGCCUGCACCUCAACAACCGCGUGCUGAAGCGGCUCCGGGACGGCCGCGACCUGACCUACCUCAGCGAGCAGGAUGAGGCGCCGCAGCUGGAGCCGGAGCCGGCCGGCGCGCCGGGCGCCGGCAACGGCGCGCCCUCCGCCGGCAGUGGGCCCGGGGGUCACGUGACGUGCGGCACUUGCGGCUCGCGCCGGUUUGUGGCUGUGCCCGACCUCUGCUACAAGUUCGGCAGCUGGAUCUGUAUGCACUGUAUCAAAUUCGUUCUCACCACAUUGAAACAAACUUCACUCGCACCGAAAUGUAUCGACAAUAAAGAGCUGUGCCGGACGCACGCCGAUCCGUCGGAGCCGGAGCUGGCUCCUCCCGAGCAGCGCUGCGAGGCCUGCUGGCUCCAGGCCUGUCUGAACGCGCUCAACUUCUCCGAGGAGCGGCACAACCGGCUGCGCUCGAGUCUGCCGCGCUCCCACCAGGCGGCCGUGCCGCUGUUCAGCCGCAAACGGCGCCAGGAGACGGGCGGCUGCCAGUUCGGCCCGUCGCCGCCGCCGCCCGCCGCGGUGCCGGCGCUGCCGGCGCCGCCGCCCACCCGCUGCCCGAACAAGGCCUGGGGCGGCGGCGACGCGCGCGACUCGGUCGGCUUUGAGACGCUGAGUCGGCCGGCGGCCGGGGAUUCCAAGGAGCCGGCGCAGGAGCCGGCCGGGAGCCAGCCGCCCGCAGCGGACGGGAACACCGGGUCCGAGGCCAACAGCGCCCCUGACAAACCAGCGAACAACCGGACAGAAGACACCGACGGCGAUGGUUCUAAUGACAAAAUGCACAAUGCUUCCGAGAAGGGGAUAUUGAAGGAGAACUCAACUUCUGUUGCUCCGCCGGGCACCGAGGCCCUGUCAAACGAGGAAUCGAAGUCCGCCGAGCCCACCGUAACCGAGGGCGGUGCCAAGGACGAACCGACGGCCGCGGCACCGACUCGCGUCGAAACCCGGUCCAAAGACGACCUGAAGCCGGCAACACCGGCGCGGACCGAGACAGGGUCGAAAGAUGAACCGAAGCCCGAGGUGCUGACGCGUCCCGAGACCCGGUCGAAGGAGGAGUGGCGGGCGGCGGCGCCGGCGCGGCCGGGGACCCGGUCGCGGACGGACCGGUGGCCGCCGCCGCCACCGGGCGUCCACAGCCGCAAGGCGGUGACGGUGGUGCCGCUGGGCGGCGGCUGGAAGCGGCGCGAGUUCGUCCGCAAGGGCGGCCGGCUGGACCUGAUCGUCUACUCGCCGGACGGCACCCGGUUCAAGUCCGUGGUCGAGCUGCAGGCCUACCUGCGCGGAAUGGACAUCACGCGCAAGGCGCAGUCGUUCUUCACGGACGGUGUGCCGCCGCCGGCCGAGCCGGGCCAGCAGGAGCCGGUGAUUCGGGACAGCUUCGUGAAGCGCGGGCCGCGCGUCAAGGUGGUGUGCCGCAGCGCGUCACUGGUGCUGGGCCAGCCGCGCGCCACGUUCGGCGGCGGCUCGCCGCCGGCGCCCACUCUGUCGCCGCAGCCCCCGGCGCUGUCUCCGCGCUCACCGUCACCGGGUGGCAAGGAGAACCGGGCGGCGGGCCGGCUGGACGGCUGGCCGCCCGGCCGGCGCCAGGCCGUCGGCGUGCGCAAGCUGAAGAAGCGACGCCAUGUGGCCGGGGACGACAAGUCCAGCUCGCGGAAUGUGCUCAUGAAGCUGAAAGUUUUGCACAAGUACAAACACCUCCAGCAGUCGCGAGGGAACAAGGAGCGUAUUCGCAAGUCGCGCUGCGGUGUGUGUCUGGGCUGCAAGGCCAAAAACUGCACCAAGUGCGUGUUCUGCAGUGAUAUGAUCAAAUACGGAGGACCCGGCAAACUCAAGAAAUCCUGCAUCGCGCGGGUCUGUAAGCGGCCGCUGCUGCCCGGUGUCAACUCCCUGAAGCUGCUGCCGCCGCCGGCCGGCGCUGGUGACCGGUCGGAGCGCUCUCCGGAGCUGGCGCCGCCCACCGGCUCUCCGGCCAGGCCGGCUGACCGCGGCGCCUCGGCCGCCGCUCCCACUGUCCAGCCGGGCCGCCGGUCGUCGCCGCUGGUGCGACUGGACCACUGGAGCCCGCUGGAGCCGACCGAGCUGUGGGAGCGCGGCCUGGCCGUGCUGGCCGCCCAGCCGCCCGGCGUGCCGGUGCUCUGCUUCGUCUGCGCCAGCGCCGGACAGGAGGAGAUGCUCUAUUGCAACUCGUGCUGCGAGCCGUACCACCCGUUCUGCCUGGAGGAGGUGGAGGUGCCGCUGUCGGCGCUCCACCAGGAGAACUGGGUGUGCGCGCGCUGCCAGGUGUGCUGCGUGUGCGGCGCCGCGCCGCCCGGCCAGCCGCUGCACCGCUGCCACCAGUGCAGCGAGACCUACCACCUGGCGUGCCUGGGGCCGCACGGCUGUGCGCCGCCGGGCCGCUCCGACCAGCCGUGGACCUGUGUGCGCUGCACGCGCUGCCGCAGCUGCCAGAAGGCCGAGAUUCACCAGUACGUGGGCAACCUGCCGCUGUGUGGUAACUGCUUCCAGCUGCACCAGCGCGGCAACUACUGCCCGCUCUGCGGCGGCUGCUACGAGGAUGACGACUACGACACAAAGAUGAUGGAGUGCGAGUCGUGUCACACGUGGGUGCACGCCCACUGCGAGAGCCUCUCGGAGGAGAUGUACCAGAUACUCAGCUUCCUGCCCGAGUCCGUCUCCUACCUGUGUGACCGGUGCCUGCCCCGGCCGCCGGCGGCCGACGGCGCAGAGCCGGCCGGCUCGCCCGAGCGGCGCCGGCUGCCGCGCGAGGUCUCCUGGCGGCGCGCCGUGCGGCACGAGUUCGAGAGCGGCUGCGCGGCCGUGGUGCGCGCCGUCUGGGCGUGCCUCAGCCGGCGGCCGGCCGCGCCGGACCGCGCUGACGACGGAGACGGGCCGGUGCCGGCCGACGGGCCGCCGGCUGAGGACGACCAGGUGGUGCCGGACGCGGCGGCCGCCAGCGCCGAGCCGCCGACGGCCGCGCGCCUGCGCCAGCUGCGCACCCAGCUGCGGCGCGGCGACGUGGUCAGCGUGCGCGCCUUCCACCGGCUGCUGCAGGCGGUGCUGGCAGAGGCCGAGCAGGCCGGCGCCGGCGGCGUCAUCCGCGCCCGCGCCGCCUACCAGCGCGCCAUGGCCGACGCCUUCCCCUGGUUCCAGUACGACGGCCGCGUCGUGACGCCCAUCAAGGCGGGCGUGGCCCACCCGGACCACCCGUACGCGGCGGGCGCCGGCGCCCCCGCCGCCGCCCUGAUGACCAGCCCCACGGAGGUGCGCGCGCGCGCCUCUCCCAGCAAGUACACGCGCACGCCACUGAAGCGUCUGUCGGCCGCCUCGACAGGCAACCACGACCAGUUCCGGCCGCUGAUCGACCUCUGUAACCGGCACUACCAGUCGCUGCGCGCGCUGGAGGCGGGCCGGCUGGCGGACUCGCGCCGCUGCGGUCUGUGCGGCCGGGACGGCGAGGCUGGUCCGGCCGGCCGCCUGCUGUGGGCCGGCGCCGGCCUCUGGCUGCACGUCGGCUGUCUGCUGCACUCCACCGAGGUGUUCGAGGAGGUGGACGGCUCGCUGCGCGCCGUGCGCGCCGCCCUCCACCGCGGCCGCCAGACGCGCUGCCACGUGUGCGCCGGCCGCGGCGCCACGGUGGCGUGCGGCCUGCGCAGCUGCGCGCGCCCCGCCCACCUGCCGUGCGCCGCCGAGUCCGGCUGGCACUUUGGCGCGCUGCCCAGCUGCCCGGAGCACCGUCCGGAGGGCGCGCCGGCCGGCUCCGGUCCGCCGGACCCCGUGCGGCGGCGCGUCUUCAUCGAGGAGGGCGACUGGCUGCGGCGCCGGCCCACCGAGGCGCCGCUGGACUCGGCCGCCGCCGUGCUGGGCAGCCUGACCGUGCACUCCUUCGGCGAUCGGGUGGUCCCCUCGGGCCGCUCGCUGAUGCCAGUCGGUAUGACGUGCUCGCGCGUCUACUGGUCGACCAUCAACCCGCGCCGGCGGACGGUGUACACAGUGCGGACGGUGAGCGCCGGGCCGCUGCCGCCCUCGGACCGACACUGCCUGGUGGACCACUCGCUCAGCCACGCACAGGUGGAGCGCUCGCUGCAGCAGCUGGAGGAGUGGCGUCGCGCCGUCUCGGCCCGCGCCGGACGGCCGUCCGCUGCCGCCCGGUUCACCUUUGAGCCAGCGGCCGAGCCGCGCGCGAGCGCCGCCCCGGCCGAGCCGCCCGCCGGCUGCGGCGCCUCCGAGGACCACGAGCAGCAGGUGCGCUCCUGUCUCGAGUCUCUGCUCGGCAACGUCUGCCGCUCCGUCGUCGAGGAAGAGGAAACGCUUCUGGCCGAGGCCAACCUCAACAUCCCCAUACUGGAGAACGUCGACAACGACUUCCUCAACCUGAUGCUGAAGGAGCUGUGUGAGGGGGACGGCGCCACCUACCUGGGCGGGGAGGGCGGCGGCGGCACUGCCGGGACGGCCGCCGGCCUGCCGGCGCAGCCUCCGCAGCAGCAGCAACAGGAGCAGCAGGAGCAGCAACAUCAUCAUCAGCAGCAGCAGGAGCAGCAUCAUCACCAACAUCAGCACCACCAUCAUCAGCACCAUCACCAGCACCAACAUCAGCAGCCGUCGGAUCACGGUGACGGCGAGCUGGGCGGCCGGCACCUGGCCGGCGUGUCCGAGGCCAUGGGCGUGCCGUGCGACUCGGCGGGCGCCGCCGGCCUGGUGACCGACUGCGGGCCGCGCCGGGCCGCGCUCAGCAUCGACUGCCAGCGCGCCGCCGACGCCAUGGAGGCGGACUGCCAGCGGCAGCUGCACGCCGGCCUGACCGAGAGCCAGCAGGUGGCCGAGAUCGCCGAGUCGCUGGAGCAGCUGAGCCAUGGCUCCUCUGAGGUGACCAGCAGCCAGCUGCAGAUGUCGCCGCAGCAGCCCGACGAGCCGCCGCCGCCGCCGCCGCACAGCGCCGCCUUCGACUGGCAGACGGGCCGCGCGCGGCACCGCUCCGAGCGGCUGCCCGGCUACCCGGCGUCGGCCGACGGGCCGCUGCUCGCCGAGUACCCGGCGGCGUUCGAGGCCGCCGGCCUGGGCUCGCAGCACGCGUCGGCGUUCCGGCCGGCGGCGCGGCGCGGCCGCAGCCUCUCGGCCGAGCAGGCCUCCUACGAGGAGCUGAUGGCGUUCAAGCCGGUGGCGACCGUGAUGCCGGAGCCGCGCGACCAGCUGUGGCCGGCCGAGCUGCGUACCUACUCGGCGCAGGUGCACUGCCGGCGCCGGUCGGGCUCUGGCGCGCCGGCCGGCCCGCUGCUCCACCAGCCGCCGUUCAGCUACCAGCCGUGGUGGCCGCCCAUGAGCGGCUGGGCGCCGCACGACGCCUGGCCCGGCCAGAAGGCGGACGGCUGGCAGCAGUCGGCGGCGGCGCACCCGAGGAGCGAGCCGAGCGUGCCGCUGCCGCGGCAGCUCUCCCAGCUGGAUGGCGCAGACGACUCGGACGACGAGUCCGUGCCGAGCAAAUGUCCCAAGUGCCGGCGGAUGUACCGCACGCGCGAGAGCAUGCUGAAGCACCAGGACCUGUGCGACUUCGAGGUGGACAGCUCUGGCAGCAGCGAGGCCGAGGAGGAUGGCGCGGAGGCGGCCCGGCCGGAGCCGCGCCGUCCCGCCGUGGAGCCGGGCGAGGCGCCGCGCGCGCCGCCGCCAGCCGCCACCGGCGAGGCCGAGGUCUCCUCCACCACGGCGCCGCUGCCGUCCGAGACGCCCCGGCUGCAGAUCAAACAGGAGGUCGAGGAGGCGCCGGCGGCCCCGGCGCGCGCCUCGCCCGCUCGCCCGCGCCGCCGCUCGCCCAAGAAGAAGGCGCCGCCGGUGUUCGGCGCGGCGGCGGGCCCGGCGGUGGCGGCGCCGCUGCCCCCGCCGCCGCCGCCGCCGCCGCCGGCCUCGAUGGGGAUGCCGCUGCCGCAGCUGCUGAUGAUCGGGAACCAGCUGGUGAGCCCGGGCCAGAUGCUGCUGCCCCAGGUGCAGCAGCAGGGCGUGGUGAUCGUACAGGGCAACGUGAGCUACACGGUGGUGCCGCAGCAGGAGCCGCUGCUGUACGGCCAGCCGGCGCCGUUCGUGCUCAACUACCCGCAGCUGGCGCUGCCGCCCGGCGCCAACCUGCAGCACCUGGGCUCGUUCGAGCUCGGGCCGGCCGGCGGACAGCUGGCGCAGCCGGUCGUCUACUCGAUGGCCGGUCUGGGCGGCGGUCUGGUGGCCUCCCUGCCGGCGGUGUCGGUGGCUGGCGCCGGCGUGCAGCCGCACCUGCCGGCGCCGCUCGCCGGCGGCGCCAUGGAGCUCCGGCCGCCGGCCCCGCCGCCGGCCGCCGCGCCCGAGCCCAUGGAGGUGUCGCUCCCGCCGCCGCCGCCGGUGGUGUCGGCGCCGCCGCCGCCGCCACCGGGCCGCAGCUCGCCGGUGCAGUCGAGUCAGGUGGACAGCAGCCGGCCGCAGAGCGCCGAUUCGCCGCCGGCAGCGUCGCCGGCUCCGUGCGAGUCUGCGACCUCGCCGCCGGCGGCGGCGGCGGCGCCCGGCCGGCACGUGCAGCUGGUGAAGCCGAGCACAGUGGUGGCGCCCGCGGCCUCGUCUGACGCCAGGAAGGUGGCCAAGGUGAAGCCGAGGCCCACCUACAGCUACCGGGACGCCAUGAAGACCAACCCGAUGCUGCGCCAGGAGAAGGGCAAGCUGAUGCGCCGGCUGGUACCGCUCGAAGUGGACUCGAGCUCGGCGUCGGGCCGCGCGGCCGCGCCCGCCGCCGGCGCCUCGCCGCCGCCGCCGCCGUCAGCCCCGUCAGCGGCCGGCGGCGGCGGCGGCGGCGGCGCGGUGUCGCCGGCGCCGUCAGUGAGCAGCAGCGGCACGGCUCCGGAGGCCGGCGACGGGCCCAAGCUCUCCUACCGGAUCAAACUGCGCCGCGACCGCGCCGACGACGGCUUCCAGGUGCGGGAGAUUGUGCGGAACCCGUCCGGGGACUCAGUCAGCCCCGGCGCCACCGUCAAGUCUGUGAAGAUCACGGCCCGCGUGGGCUCGCUGGGCAGCGACCUGCUGGUGGUGCCGCGCCGCCAGACCGCCGACGCCGAGGUGGAGGUGCGCGGGGACCGCUCCGCCGAUCGCCCAGGCGAGGAGGAGGCCGACAAAGAGAACCGCGGCGAGCGCGGCGCUGCGGAGACCGACCCGGCCGACCCGGCCGUCGUCUACGAGGUUACCUCCGCCGACGGCUUCAAGUUUCGCUCGCCGGACAUUGCCGAGGUAUGGCGGCGCGUGUUCGAGGCCGUCCAGGACGCGCGCACCGGCAUGAAGAUGAAGCCGCUGGCUUACAACGCCCGCUCCGUGUCGGGCCGCCAGAUGCUGGGUCUGACGCACGACGCCGUCCAGUUUCUGCUGGAACAGAUGCCUGGGGCAGAGGACUGCUCCAAGCACAGCUUCAGGUUCCACAGGCCCGAGUUCGGCCCGCUGAAGGAGAACCCGUUCGGCUGCGCGCGCGCCGAGGGCUUCACGCACAGGAAGCCGAUCGACAUGUUCUCGUGGCUGGCGUCCAAGCACCGGCAGCUGCCGGAGCCGAGCUCGCCCACCCAGACGCCGCCGGCCAACAAGCUGUCCAGGCGGGGCAGCAGUCUGGAGCUGCCGAUGGCCAUGCGCUACCGUCAGCUGUGCGACUCCACGCGCGACACGGUGGGCGUCUACCGGUCGCCCAUCUCGGGCCGCGGCCUCUUCUGCAAGCGCACCGUCGAGGCCGGCCAGAUGGUCAUCGAGUACGCCGGACAGGUGAUUCGCUCGAGUCUGACCGACAUCCGCGAGCGGUACUACUCGUCGCGCGGCAUCGGCUGCUACAUGUUCAGGAUCGACGACGACUUCGUGGUGGACGCCACCAUGAAGGGCAACGCGGCGCGCUUCAUCAACCACUCGUGCAACCCCAACUGCUACUCGCGUGUGGUGGACAUUCUGGGGAAGAAGCACAUCAUCAUCUUCGCCCUGCGAAAGAUCCUGCGCGGGGAGGAGCUUACGUACGAUUACAAGUUUCCGAUUGAAGAGGACAAGAUCCCGUGCACGUGCGGCGCGCGGCGCUGCCGCAAAUACCUGAACUGAGGACUGAGAGGACUGGCGAGACUGAGCUCGUCAGGAGGAGCGCCCUCCGCUCCGGCCCGUACCUGUGCGCGCUGUGGCUGGCGGCGCGGCGGCGCCGAGCCGCCCUGUGAUUUUUACAAGUCGGUGCUUUCUGCCGCUUCGUCUGCGCGGGAGCUGUGCGAGUGAGCGAUGCGUCUGCGGUUGGGCGCGCGCGCCGCGUGUAGAGUGUGAUACCGGUGCGGCCGCGGUCCGGCCUGCGCACUGGGUGUAGUGUGAUAAGCAUGGCUGGUGCAUGGCUUGGUAAGAGGACGAGCGCGCAGCGCUGCGCUGUAUAUAUAUACGAAUUAUAUCGAUAAGCAUCACCGGAGACUGUGGGCCGGUCUGUGAUUGCCGGCGGCGCCCUCAAACCUGGAGCUGUGGACCGAGAGCGACGCGAUGCGACGGGAGGGGGAGGGGGAGGGGGAGGGGGAGGGGGGGAGGAAGUUUGUGACCGAGGUUUACGUGCCCGUGAGUGAGCUCGCGCGGCGCGAGCGCAGUGUGGUAGAGACGCAUCAUGCGCCGUCUUUAGACGCCGAUUUAGCGUGCGGCAGUGCAGUGCGGCGGCGCGUCUUGGCCGCGGUAGCUGCGCGCCGCUCGUGUCAGUGGUAGGAGCAGGCGCGCCACUAGGCCGCUGCACUCGUCUUUCGGUCGGAGAAGCUGUACCGGUGGAGCUCGGGCGGUGCACUCGGCGUGCUGCGCCGCCUCCGUGCCUUUCCAAGGGAGACCUGAAUAAAAUGUGAUACCGUAGUUAAGGCAA